UGAUUCUUUGGUUUCGAUCUCAGAAAUAACAGCCUUGUGGCGCGGUGGCUUGUGGGUGUGCGCUGAGAAGUAAAAUGGCGGACUUGGCAAACGAAGAGAAGCCUGCCAUAGCUCCUCCAGUGUUUGUGUUUCAAAAAGACAAAGCACAGAAGCGUUCUGCUGAAGGAUCCAGUGCAGAGGAUGGAGAAGACUCCGACAGGGAGGAUGGAGAAUACUGUCCUCCAGUGAAGAGAGAGCGAACUUCGUCUUUAACACAGUUCCCGCCUUCACACUCAGUUUCCAAGAAUAAUGUGUUUAUGCCCUCAAGUUUCUGCCAGUCUCCAACAGGCAACUCGGACUCUGAGCCGGAGGAGAAGCCAGUUGGGUUUCGGUUGAAACCUCCAACUCUGAUCCAUGGCCAGGCCCCCAGUGCAGGCUCUUUUGCAGGUGUCCCAAGUCAGAAGCCCAAGGAGCAGCAGCGCAGUGUUCUGAGACCUGCAGUUCUGCAGGCACCACCCACCAAGGUUCUCACAGAGCCCAGCAAGAGCAACGCAAGCUGUGGAACAAAUGGCGUGGGGAAGUUUUCAGAUGCAGCGACAGAAGGCCGGUCAAUUUUCCUGAACAACACAGACAGCUCAGACAAAUCACCGAAGAAAGAUGAAGGGGGAGAGAAUGGUGGAGGAAAAACAGAGGAGAGUGCGCAGAGGAAGGAUGCAGUGGUCGACUCGGGUUUUGUGUUUGGGCAAAAUAUCAAAGAGAGGGCAAAGUUGGAUGAGAGCAGCACAGUCAGUGAGUCUAAAGACUCAACACAGGACUCGCAGUCUGGAAGUACUAAUUACUUCCUGCAGUACAUGGGGACUCCAAGCUCUCUGAAUGCUACCAAUAACACAGAAAAAGGGGCCAAGUUUGUUUUUGGCCAGAACAUGUCGGAGAGAGUGCUGAGUCCUCCUAAGGGCGGUGAAUCAACACCAGAGGGUGGUAAAGAUACAGCUUCAGUAUCGGAGCCCUCGUCACAGGAGACGACCCCAGAAAAGAAUCAUAGUGUGACGGAGUCUCUAGAGGAGUCCGCAGCAGCAUACACCAAAGCCACCGCCAAGAAGUGCAUUUUGGAGAAAGUGGAGGUCCGCACCGGAGAAGAGGCAGAGAGCAAUGUGCUACAGAUGCAGUGCAAGCUGUUUGUGUUUGAUAAGCCAGCUCAGUCGUGGAUCGAGCGAGGUCGAGGGCUGCUGAGACUCAACGACAUGGCCUCCACAGACGACGGCACGUUACAGUCCAGAUUAGUGAUGCGCACCCAGGGCAGUCUGCGGUUGAUUCUGAACACUAAGCUCUGGGCUCAGAUGCAGGUGGACAAGGCCAGUGAAAAAAGUGUCCGCAUCACUGCCAUGGACACAGAGGACCAGGGCGUCAAGGUCUUCCUCAUAUCGGCCAGCUCAAAGGACGCAGGCCAGCUGGCCGCAGCGCUGCAUCAUCGGAUCCUUGCCCUUCGGAGCCGUGCUGAACAGGAGCCUGAGAGCACACCUGUGCCGCCUCAGACAGAGAUCCCACAGUCCAACGAGGAAGACAGCGAUGACGACGAACUUGCUAACAACAAUAACAACAACAGCAGCAGCAGCAGCAGCAUCACCACUGCGGGGAACACCAGCGCCAGCGGCACCUCUGAAACUUCUGGCGAGCCCCCGGCAGCUGAGAGCACAUAACACCAUGCGCAGCUGCCUGACUGAAAACUGCUAAACAGGGUUGGAUAUUUUGUUUUUUGUUUUUGGUUUUUGUUUUUUUUUUUUUUUCUCCCCCUGGGUGGACAGCCUUUAACCACCGUGACUCUUUCAGCCCAGUGCUGUGGGUCCUUCAGCUCCAACCCUGUAGCAGAGCUUCAGCAUCUCUCACAUAAAACUCGUGUAGUUCAUUUUCCCCACUUUUGCAUUUAUUGUAAAUCUGGAAUUCAGAAACAUUUUUUUUUAUCAUUUUGUUUGUUUACUUUGGUUCUGUUUUAGUUUCCUGGACUGCAAACAAACAAAACAAAAAAAAAAACAGAAAAGAAAAACAGAGACUUUUCCAUUUAUGGGUUUGGACUUGGCUGCUCAUCAUAUUGAUGAGUGUGAGGGUAUUCCUCUCUCUGUUUUAAGAUACGGCACAUGUCACGACUGCAGUUUCUACCGCAGGACCUUUUUUUACUUUCUUGCUCUCCCACUUUUCUCUCUCUCUCUCUCUCUCUCCCUCUCUCUCCCUCUCUCUCUCUGUCUGUGUCUCUCUCUCUCUCUCUCUCUCUCUCUCUCUCUCUCUCUCUCUCUCUCUCUCUCUCUCUCUCUCUCUCUCUCUCUCUCUCUCUCUCUCUCUCUCUCUCUCUCUCUCUCUCUCUCUCUCUCUCUCUCUCUCUCUCUCUCUCUCUCUCUGUCUCAUGCGCUCCUCCAUGACGUCAUUGCCCAAAAUCGUCCAGCAUCAAUUCAGUAGUUUCAUGUCUCUCAAACCUUGGACCCCCUCCCCCAUCAUCCCCCCCCUCUGUUUUUGAUAGCUGUAAUCUUUUGCUCUGAUUCUAACUUAUUUCCAAUGGUUCCAACAAGCAUCUCUGGUUUUUCCAUGCCAAUAUUCUUACUAGUCUGCUAUGAUGGUAGUUAGGUAGAUCUCUUAUUGAUGUAAUGAAUAAAGGACUAAACCAACACACGGACUGUGCUAUUGUGGAUCUCUGCUUCUAGAAUAACCCCACCUCUGAGAAGAAGAAGGAAAAAAAAAGACACAAAAGGGAAUUGACUUCGCCCGUCACCAUUGUGGAGUUUUCAGCAUCUGCGCCGCAGGUUUGCAUAUGGACAGAUGUGCUUAUUUCUCUUUGAUUUGAAAAAGAAUACUGAAGUUUAAGUUGUCAUCUCUACAGAUACUCAUUAUUAUUUUCCAUAUUCUGAAGGUUUGUAAUAUGUUAACUUUUUUUAUUGUUUUAUUAUAUUAACUUUUUAUCCAUUUUCAUGUCACAGGAGACAGUACAGUGGCAAUUUUGUUUUUCUUUGUGUGUUGAAAUUUGGAGUGCAUUUAGAAACCCAAUAUGAAUACUGAACUUCUCAUGUAAAUUUCUAUGAAUAUAUUAUCGUUUAUUAGAACACUGUGUCUCCAAUCUCCUUUACAAAAUAAAUAGUAAAAUGAGAGUUUAAAAAAAGGAAAAACUUUGAAAUAAAUUUUUGUCUAAUGUCAAACGUGAUGCAUCAGUUACCUUGUUUUUUCUAUAAAGAAAGGCUGGGUUUGAUGGUGAACAUUGAAAGGUCAAAGUUCUGAAAUGACGAGAGCCAAAUGUUAAGCAGUGAACCAAGAUGUGCACUCAUCAGCUAGCAAUGUUUUACAUAAUGCCAACUGGUGGUUCACACCUUUUUUCACAAGCGCCAUUGCUUCCCUAAAGAAAUGUUUCAAAAGCUACAGUUCUUGGCUCGUCAGUGUAAGUAAGCGCAAAUUGUUUAGUCAUUUUUAACAUUAGCUACUUUUGCAUUGAUAGGACUUCGGUUUAGGUUCUUAUGACCGCACAGUUAAUCGUGAAAGAAGGUGAGCUGAACAACUGCAGUGCUGAGCAUUUGGCUGGAGUAAUAUGGUGGGGUUUUUUUUGGUUUUUUGGGUGUUCUUUUUUUUAACUGCCCACCAGAGGGGGUCAGAGAUUACUGUUACUAGGGUAGUCCUAUCUGUUUCAUUCAUUGUAAUAGAUCCUUUGUACAUUGUAAUAAAUUAAGCUUUCCUUUA